AUGCAAAGUAAAGAUGAUGCUCAAACAAUAAUGAUCAUAGAUAGUGUUAAUUAUGACGAUACUGAAGUAUUUGAUGAUGAGGUACAGGCUACGACAACAGCCCAUUAUGUUCAGGAACAGGAAAAACAAUCGUUAACAAAAGCAAAUGAAUAUUUGUUAGAUGAUGAUGCGAUAAACUCACAAGUUCAAGAAAAUCUAAAUGAUAUUCAUAAUGCCUAUAUUCGGGCAAGAGAGUCACUUUACUAUGACACGUCAACGAGUAAUACAAGUGCACACUCAAUGUCCUUCAGAUAUCCGCUGAAACGUUACGUACAAAAAGGAUCCAAGAGUAUCAAGGAAAUGUCGAGAAUAAUUGAAGACAGUCAGACAGUAUCCUCUAUUACAGUCAGUGAUCAUGGUGAAGAAACAUAUUCUAAUGAUGACAUUUUCGAUGUUACAUUUCACGAUGGUGAGACAUUAGCUACAAGACCACGAAAAUUCAUACAAUCAAAAAUCGAUAAAUAUACAACGAUGACUCAUCCAUUAGCAACGAUUUCCACUGAUCAACAUCGAACAUGUUCAAAGAAAAAGUUGAUACAAACGAAAAUUGAUAAAUAUACUAUACGUGAACAACAAUCGUUAAAAACGCACUCGCUUUCGUCUGUUAAACCAAAAGCAACAAAUGUGAAGCUUUUACGCACACAAUCAGUGGAUAGUAUCAUUGAAUUAUCAGAAAAUAUUAUGCAUCAGACCAAAGACGAAAAUUGUGUUUGCAGUGAUAUAUCCUCCGCAGUAAUAGAUGAUUCUGAACGAGAAGUAGCAAAUUAUACUAAAACAACAGAUGAACAUGAACAAAUGAAUAAUUGUUUGACUAAAUUCGUGAACGAUGUUGGUAAUCACUCAUCUAUUGAAUUUGGUUAUAUCAAUAAUCUAUUAAAAUUUUUAAAUAAUGAUAAAUCAAAUAAGGAAAUAAAUGAGAAUAAGAAUAUUAGAAAAAUUCAAGAUUUAUUUGUUGAUGAUAUAUUAGAAAAAUGUAAUGAAACAAAUAUGAUGCUGGAGAACAAUGAUCAACAUUUAAAUCCUUAUCCUCUUCGGAAUGAUCAACUUCCACAAGCCAUAUUCGAACAAUCAGAAAAUUCAUUAAUGUCUGUUCAUGAUAAUGAAAUUUAUAAUACGAUUGUUGAUGAACCUUAUUUUCCUGUACAAAACGUUAAACAAAAAAAAAGAGUUCGAUUCACUGAGCCAUUAUUAGCACAGUCUCAAGAUGUGGUGAAUCAAUUUGAUGAUUAUGAGUAUUUAGAAAAUGAGAUCAAUAUGGAAAUACUGGCCGUUUCGUCAUCACUAUCUCAGCCAAAUAUAAACUCUGGUAACGAUAAUUUUGAAGAACAGCCGUUAGCCGUAUUAGUUGAUGAAACAAAUUGGAAAAAUGACUUUUUUAAUGAAAUUCAAGUAACAAUUAGUCAGAGACAACAUUUGGAUGAUUUUAUCCGAAUAACACAUAUGGAAAGUGAUAUAAUUCCGUCCACACAAAUAUCAGAUAUUGAUCAGAUUAAAUUCAAUGAAUUAACUAAUGAUGUUAAACAACAAUAUCAUUGGAAAGAUAAUUUUCUUAAUGAAAUACAGGAGAAUUCAAAUAACGAUCAUCAACCACCACAAAAAUUGAAUAAGACAACCAUUCAACUGACAAAAACAGACGAAAGUAAUGGAUUCAGAUUUAAAAACCAUAUUUCUUAG